AUGAAAACUGUUGGAAAUUAUAUUUUAUGAGAUAAAAUCGGAGAAGGAGCUUUUGGAGCUGUCUAUCUUGUCAGAUCCAAAAAUAAACCUAAAUCCAAUCAUAAAUUCAGACAUAUACUAAAAUAAAGAUCUCAAAAUUGCUUGCAAACAGAUGAAGCUUAAAAGUUUAAAAGGAGGAUUGAGAAAAUACCUUUAUCGAGAGAUUGGUAUCAUGAAACAGAUAAAUCAUCCUAAUAUUAUGAGGCUGACUGAUACACAGCAAACUAAGAGUAGUAUCUACAUCUUUAUGAAGUUUUGUAAUGGAGGAGACCUUAGAAGACUUUUACAACUUAGAGGAGGCAAACUCAAAGAAGAUUUUGUCAAGUUAAUUAUUAGCCAAAUUGCUUCAGGCCUUCAUUAUCUCAAUGAGAAUAAAAUUAUGCAUAGAGACCUUAAGCUCGAUAACAUUAUGAUUAAUUUUCCAUCGUUUACUUCAGAUGGGGCUGUUCCUGAUGAGUAUAUCCAGGAAUUUAAUCAUGAAAUUGAAGAGAUUGAAGUCAUCAUUGGAGACUUGGGGUUUGCAAAAUCAAUGCCAGACGAUAACACUACUGACUCUUACUGAGGAACUCCUACCAACAUGGCUCCUGAAAUAAUGAACGAAUUUUCUUACAACUCCAAAGUUGAUAUAUGGUCAGUCGGUACUAUAAUUUAUGAACUGCUUAUUGGUUUCCCUCCUUUUGAUGGGUGGACUACUCGUGAUCUCAAGAAGAAAGUUAACAAAGGAGAUUAUGGAAUUCCUAAGGGAAUUAAGCUCUCACUUUCAUGAGUUGACCUACUCAGUAAAUGCCUCAAAUUCGAACCAAAGAAGAGAAUUUCACAUAUAGAACUCUCAGAACAUUCAUUUAUUCAAAUUGAAGAUACAGCUGAGAAUAUGCCAAUUGCUGUCAGUAAAUGUCCAGAGGUAAAUGGAGCCCCUGUAAUACCUGAUUUUGGAUUUGCAGUUUCGGAUAAGAAUGCACAAACAAAUGGAGAAACUGAGGAAGAUUUUGCCAAACUCUUCUGAUUUAUUAGACCAAUCUUAAGCUCUAAAUCUACUCGUGACAUCCAAAAUAAUGACUUAAUGAAUAAAAUCUAUUCUGAUGGAGCAGAGUCCUCUGUGGACUCAGAGGACUCUGACAAAGAAGAGGGUAAGCAUUAUGAAGAGAGCAACCUAUGCGAAAUUGAACAUAGCAGAUUUAUAGAAAUCAACCUUCCCCUUGCUUGUAAAAGUAAGAAGGAUACCUCUUCUGGUAAAAAUAAUUCAGAAGAGUUUAAAGAAAGUGACCAUACAGAGAAUUUAAAAGAGCAUAAAGUCUCUGAAAUUGAAAAGAAGACCCAAUUGGACACUAAGUUGCCAAAAGAGAAAGAAGCUUCAAAGCUUGGAGUUAAGCAAAAGCCUAUACAGAAAAAGAAGAAUAACUUUUUGAGUAUGAGUGCUGUAAAUCAAAAUUAUGCUGAUGGCAAAGCAUUGAAAGUCGAAAAAUUGUCUGAAGAGAACAAUAUCGAAACAGAUUUUGAUAUAAUAGAAGAUGAUUAUGCUGUGGUAAAUAAGCCAGAAGGGCUUAGCCUUUCAAUGUUCCAGAGUAACUAUUUCGGAGGUGGAUCUGAUACAAAAUCCUCUUCAAAUUCAAAGAUUGAUGAUAACUAUGUAUUGGUGACUUCAAGCGAAAUUAAAAAUAUGCCAUCGAAUAACCUACAGGGUUCUACAAGUUCUUAA